AUGGCUGAGUAUCUGGCAAAGAAAAACCCUAAUUCAAAGACCCGAAUUAGCAUCACAACCAAAUGCUCUUCGUUGUUGAAACAACACCGUACCCGUCUCUCUAUACUCCGGCGUUGUGCCAGUGCCACCAUGCUAUACCCAUACCCUGAAAGAGAGAGGUCAAAGGAGGAGUAA